CAAAUUUGUGAGCCAGCGAAGCCUUAAACCCCGAUUUGUACGAUUUGACCACCCAGAAUUUUUUACGCACUCUCGCUCAUCUUCAUUUCCUCGCAAUGGAGUCCGCAUUUCUUACCUCAGCAAAACCCUUCACCUUUCACCCCACUAAAACCCCUUCCCUAUCCAGCUCUCGCAGAUCUGUUGGUUUGAGGAGAAAUACUCUUAGAGUUAUUUCCAUCUCCAAUCAAUGGGAACCCUCAAAGGUUGUCCCGCAAGCUGAUAGAGUCUUGAUAAGGUUAGAAGCUUUGCCCGAGAAAUCUGCAGGAGGUGUUUUGCUGCCUAAAUCUGCUGUAAAAUUUGAGAGGUACCUUAUGGGAGAGGUUCUCUCAGUUGGAACUGAGGUUGGUGAAGUUGUUGAGGCCGGGAAGAAGGUUCUUUUCUCUGAUGUGAGUGCCUAUGAGGUGAACUUGGGAACGGAUGAGAAACAUGUGUUCUGCAAAGCGGGUGACUUGUUGGCAGUGGUGGAAUAGAUGGAAUUUUCGCUCUCAGAACUGUUCAAACAAACAAAUGUGGUUGGUUUGCCUCUCAAGUUGUACUUGAGCCCCUCUCCCAUAUUAAACUUCAUGUAGUUUUUUGGCCUUGCCUACUUUGACAUGAAGAUUCAAAGAUGCUAGAUUUUUAAUCUAAUAUGCAUUUCUGGUCUCAUUUUGAUGGGGUGGAUCUAGAAUAGUGCUUUUUAGCAAUUUAAUGUGGGUAAAUAACCUUGUACUAUCGUUUUUAUGUGUAGCUCAUUUAUGGAUGGAUCUAGCUGGUUAUUGUAUCAUCUCUUGUACGGUUUUUAGCUUACUUUUUUUAGGGGAACCGGCCAGCCACACCAUCCCUAAAUGAGCAUCCUGCACUCGAAAAUCAGCGUGUCAAAAUGGUUACUUAGGUUACAUCCCUAAAUGCUUAUCCUGCCUAUCUAGAGCUAGAGGAACUGGAACCAGUUUGGAAUGGGUCAGUAUAUGGAAUCCAGUCCAG